AUGUCUUCUUCAAGAAUAAACCUAGAAGAGUAUCUAAUCCCACUGGAGGAGAUCGUCUUGGCCACCCACAACUUCAGUUCCGAAACUGAGAUAGGACGUGGCGGAGCUAGUGUCAUCUUUGGAGGACAACUCUCUGAACGCUGGCAAAACCGCAAAGCUGCUUUCAAACGCUUAUAUCCUCAUGAUUUAUUCGGACAGCCUAAAUUUCUUAACUCGGUUGAGUUGAUCUGGAAUUUAAAUGAUCGCCCUACAAUGAACAUGGUCGUCAAAAGGAUUCAGGAGGCGCUGGAUAUCCAAAACCAUGAAGCUGCUUCAACCAUUACUGUAUCAAGCCAACAACAUCAAAGCCUUGAAAGCUUUGUAAUUCCACUCGAGGAGAUUGUCUUGGCCACCCAAAACUUUAGGGAUACUGUAGGUGGUGGGACCGGUAAUGUCUACAAAGGACAACUUUCGAAACGAUGGGGAAACCGCACAGCUGCCAUCAAACGCUUUCAUCAAGAUAAUGACCAAAAUAAGGAUUACUUUCGUAAUGACCUUAAGUUGGUUUCAAGUUUCCACCAUGAAAAUGUCAUUGGUUUUAUUGGUUAUUGUGACGAAGCCAAUGAGAUGAUUACAAUUUAUGAUUACGCUAUCAACGGAAGUGUUCAUCACCAUCUCUAUAAACCGGAAAUCAAUAAGAGCAAUUGCCUAACAUGGACAGAACGUCUGCACAUUUGCAUAGGGGCAGCAAGAGGACUUGAGUACCUUCACUCGGGUCUUUGGCAGGACACUAGAGUCAUUCACAGAAACAUACAAUUGACAAAUAUAUUGUUAGAUGAAAAUCUCCAAGCCAAAAUAAGCAAUUUUACUGUAUCACUAUUAGUAGACCGAAAUCAACCACAAGCUUAUGAUGACCUUCGUGCACGGAAUGGAUAUUACCAAGAUCCCAUAUAUGAUGAAAGUGGUCUCGUCAACACACAAUCAGACAUUUACUCAUUUGGGGUGGUAAUGCUAGAAAUGUUGAGUGGGACGGAAGCUUAUAAAAGAAGGACCAUUGGUGAUGGCCAACCACAGACACUCAUACAUUUGGUCCGACACCACUAUCAUGAAGGACUCGACAUAUUAAUUGAUCCUGUUAUACGCGAUCAAAUUAAUAUGCAUUCCUUCCGUGCGUUUAUUAAGAUUGUGUAUCGAUGCGUUAGUUUGAAGUUAGAGGAUCGGCCUACAAUGAAAAAGAUCAUCAAGCAAAUUGAGGAGGCACGGGAUAUUCAAAACUAUGAAGCAUCUUGUGCCUUAACCACACAAAGAGGCCAACAUCAAAACCUCGAAAUUUUUCGAAUUCCACUGAAGGAUAUCAACUUAGCCAUCAAAGACUUCAGUCAAGAAACUCCUAUCGGAGGUGGUGGAUAUGGUUCCACCACCGAAACAUCAUCCCUUUCGUCGGUUACUGUGAUGAAGGGGAACGCCCUACCAUGGAUAGAAUCAUCGACUGGAUCGAGGAUGCAAUGGAUUUUCAAGAAAAUGAAGUGUAGAAAGAUCAAAACUAGAAGACUUGUCGUUGUUGUGGCAGGUUCGGGACGAAGAAUUUCUUCAUGAACGCACGACUUCUUCUCCUUCAAUGACUUAUUCUUCUAUUAAAUUGAUGAUCUCCAACUCAAGCUCACACAUUUCAAAGACACAAGAGAUAUUUGAUGAUGCAAUCCCUUGUGGCUGUCUGUGGACAUCGUAAUCUAAUUUGGAUUUCAACAACGAAGACUAAUCUUGUAAAAAAAUUCAGGGUUUAUCCCAAGUGAAUGGUAAGUUUAACUGAAAGCUUUAUCAUGUCACUCUUAUUAAUUGGUUAUUUUCCCUUAAUUAAAUUUUAUCGGUAAUAUCUUGUCCCUCACCUACAAAUGACAAUUACCAUAAGGUGACAUUUGAACAAGUGUGUAGUUUGUUGGUGUUUUUUAUACAAAGCCUUAUUUGGAUGUAUUUUUUGAACAAUCCGGAUAAUUUUUUUUUUGAAUGGGUUUGAAACAUAGUUACACUACUAAGUCAUUUUCUUUUUUUUAUCAGUAAAGAGUUGUUUUUUCUGAUUGAGAGUUUACUAAUGGGAGUUACUUAUGAGAAACUAAUUUUGGUGCAAAUCGAGUUCCCGAUUUUUGUAAUUUGAUAUUCAAGAUGUUGACUAUCAGAAUUUUGAGCACUCUCUUCUUGGAAAAAAGAUUAUAUGAAAGGC